AUGUGCUACAUGUUAAAAAACUUUGCGUUCGGGAGACGUACAGACAAUGACCGAAGGUCCGUAAAGAACCGGCAUACUGCGUAACUGGAUAAUACACACGUUCUUUUUCUGUCCGAAAUUAAGUUGCUUCUGCACAAUGCCUUGUAACUCGUACAUUUGUCCGUGUAUUUUUUCAUUAAAUUUUGGGCUUCGUAGGCACUUUAAACAUGUUAGUUAUGAUUUUCACCAUGCCUCGCAUCAUGCCUCGCUGCCUCGCAUCAUGCCUCGCAGAUCAUGCCUCGCUGCCUCGCACUAUAGUUAAACUCAAUUUCCGGUGUAAAUAUUUACUUUUUUGCAACAUAAUUACAAAGGUCACAGUCUUUUCACCGCCAUUCUUGAUCUGUUUUAAAAACUAUUUUACAUCGCAAUUUACUUUACAAAAAUGGCAAUAUUUUUAUUGCAACAAUUUAAAUAUAAAAGGAAAUCUUAGUUUGUGUGAUACAGAUGAAAUAUCUCAUGGAUUUGUUGGUUUAUUUUCGUUUUUUAUACAGACGUUGGCAACAAGGAAAAUUUGAAGCCGAAAGGCCAAGGCCUAAACAACAUGCCUGGUUUCACAUGAUACCCAUAAUAAUAAUAUCUGUUUAUUUGCCUUUUACACAACAUUUUUAAUAUCUUUUUUAAAUGUGUAGGGAAUGAGAGCAGAUGCCUUCUUUUAGACGAUAUUCCUGGCAGUAACUUAGACUUGUCUCACCUGACUUCAUAUUGUGUGGAUCAAUUAAAAUUUUGGCUUGUCGUGGAGAUUCAUUAAAAAAUCUACAUACUAAAGCUUGCCUUGUAUUCAAAAGUUCAUGGUAAUGUAUAAAUUUGAGUUUUGCUUAGUCUAUUUUUAUUCAAGAAGCACAACAUCUAUAAAAUUUGUUUUCUUAUCUGUAGAAUCAAUAACUAUGUUAGAAAUGGUCAGCAAGAUAACUUGGUUGAUCCUACUGCUAAUCAAAUAUAUGUGCAGGGAAAGGAAUUGCAACAGGAGAAAGCCCAAAACACAAACACUGUCACAAAUUCAAAUAUGUGUCUGAAAGGUAAAAUUGUCAUUGUCUAAUUGUCAUUGUGUAAUUGUCAUUGUCAUUACAUGUAAUAUUGCAUUCAUAAAUAUUAAUUUUGCAUUCAUUCAUGUAAUUUUGUCAUUACAUGUAUUAUUCCCUUUCCCCCUUUGCAAGAUAGCAGACACUUCUUUUUCGAGGGUAAAAUAUUAAAUUUUUUGUGAUAAAAGGAGUACUUUGUAAGUUUAUUUAUGUUUAUAUGAACACCUAAACAUCCCGCAAAAGUUGUUACGAGAAUAAUUAUGGAUGAGGAUACGCUUGAAGAAGAAAAAUCUGUCAAGCUUGAUGAACCAUGUGCUCCAACAACAACAGCGAUGGAACCCGACAGCUAAUUUUUCCGAUAUCGCCUAAUCUCCGAUUUCAAAAAAUCAAGAAAGCAACAAGCCCCUUAUGAAAUGUUAGAUUAUAAUCUUUACAAAGCGUGUGCAGAUAUGAUUGCAUUUUCAACCUCACAGGAAAGGUUGGUCAAGUGGAUUAAAGCAUUUUAUUUCCGUUAUUACCUGAGCCUAAACGAAAACCCCUUAUUUAAUGUUCGAUGGGAUGCCUCGGAAUGUGAUAAAAUUCAAAUAUCUCUCACCCACUCUACAAACAACUCAAUUGACAAUUUAAUUACAAUAACCAUUUCCAUCUCUACUGGCAGAAUACAAAUUCAGGGGAAACCCUUGAAAUCAUGGGGAAACAUUGAAUUUGAUAUCCUUAAGCCUAGUUCUCAUUCAUCGCAAACCGUCGGCGAUAGGAGCUUUGCGACGUCGGCGACCGCUUGCCAUUUAUGAGAACACGUCAAAAAUUAUAUCGCCGAUUGUCCAUAAUCGUCGCCGACCAUCGGCAAUGACAUCGCAGGAAACAAAAAAGUUUGUUUCUUGCGACCAUCGCCGACUGCCACCUGCUUGAAAAAUCUAUGAGAAAUGAGUAAAAGUUGUUUUUUUCUCUACAAGCAAGGAAAUAAUCAAUUGAAGUUUGACAGAAAUAAUGAACUUUACGUUGAAUGGGGCCAUUUUGUAGGAAAUUUGGGAAAUUUUGAAACACAUCGGCUGUCAUCUGCGACGAUCACCGAUGUAUGAGAACUUUCGUGCAUUCGCGCUUGGCGAGUAUCGGCGAUAAGCGUCGCCGAUCGUCGGUGACAGUUUGCGAUGAAUGAGAACUAGGCUUUAUGAAUAUGAUUAACUCCACUGAUGAACUUAAACAGCAAAAUUCAACGAAAAAUUAGAUCAAUUCCUUGAUAAAGCAAAACGAGAGAGUGAGAUCAUCAAGCAAGAGAGAAAUAAGUCAAGCAAAUCCCAAACCUCUGAGAAAGUUGUUAGCCCAAACACACCAGUUCAAUCAGCAACUCAAAAUGAAGCUAACACUCCAUGUGAAAGAUUCUUCUCCAUGAUCAAGACCCAGGCAGCCACCUUAGAAUCUGAUAUGGUUAAUUUCAAACAAGAAAUUUUGAAAUCCUUAGAAGAUGUCAUGGAGACACUAGAACAAAAAGACAACCAAAUUGUACUGCUAAAUGAUAAAAUUAGUCAGGCACGUUCAAAUGAUAUUGUCAGGAAACAAACAAUAAGUGACUUAAGUUUAAAGCAGCAUGAGCAACAAGAAGAAAUUAAUAAACUUAAGCAUACAAUAAAAAACCAACAACAACAAAUUCAAAGCUUGAAGCUAAAGUUCAAUACCCUUCGAUUCCACAAUGUCCCUAGUAGUUCAGAACCUCACACACAGAUUCAAGACCAGGAUGAAAACCCAGAACCCAACGAAUACCCUGAUCAUCCUUCAAGUAAUGAAGCAAGAUCUGUUACAACUAAUAGACAACCAAAAUCACCUGAACCCUCAUCACAAGGAAAGUUAUCUUUUUCUGUUCCAACAAAAAAUCAAUUCUCACCUUCCAAUGAUGAAGCCAGUGCUGCUGACCCAACAGAAGUAAGCUCUCGAUACCCUGAUCACCAAGCACUGGACAAUGAUUAUUCAAUUCCUACUGUAAAAACAUAUAAUGGCGAAACAAUUGUAAUGUGCGAUUCAAACGGCCGACUUUUAAACAUUAAACGCCUCUGCCCUAAAUCACUGUAUUCAUACAUUAGAUGUCCAACACUUAAGCAUGCUGAAGAGAUCAUCAGCACUAGUGUUUUCACUAAUCCAAAAACCUUGAUUUUCCACUGUGGCACGAAUGAUUUGGAUCAUAACAUUGACAAUUCCAAAAUAUGUUCAGACACAUUAAAGGUUAUUGAUCAAAUCAAGGUCAAAUAUCCUGAAUGUUAAAUUAUCCUGUCUUCAUUACUUCCUAGAAUGGACAACCAGCAACCCUGUAUUUUGUUAAACCAGAAAAUUAAAGAAAAAUGCACAAAUAAAAUGUGCUUCACGUAAACCACAGUGGUGUCUUUGCUUCUUACCAACAUUUUUAUGAUAGAAAACAAUUAAAUGAGUUUGGAAUCAGAGUUUUCACUAAAAACCUCAAAGCUUCCUUCUUCCAAGUAAAUGGUGACUCAACCGGUAUACGCAAGACAAAUGAUAAGCAAUCAACCCCUAGUCGUGAUGGUCAAAAUAACAAAGUAAGCCAAGAUUCUCCCAAGCCCACCUGGGUUCAGGAUAACCCUCAUCAGGCACCAGCGACAAAUGAACAACACAAAUCCACACCACUUAUGAAUGUUGGAUUGCCACCUGGUUUUAUUCCAUCAACUAGCAACUUCGAACCUCCAUAUUUUAACCCACCCGCCUUUAACGCCAUCCCUGGAUUUAUUCCACCACCAUUCCUUUUACCAACCAACUACUCCACAACACCACCUAAUAUCCCACCCACCCACUUCUCAAAUCAAGCAAUCAACCUCCCUGAAGCUAAUAUACCACCCAUUCCAGCUAACCCAACCAAAGUUCAUCAACCCCCAAGAAAAAUCCAUAUACAACACCAGUCAACACAGGUUUACCACCUCACCUGGUUCAACUCAUCAAACUAA